CAGCUUGGCAAAUAAAUGGCAAUAUCGAUAAUUAAAAUUUUCAUCCAAUCGACUAGCAGUCACUUUAUUGCAAAGAAAAUUGAAGGUGGUCGCUUUAUUUGUGGGKCUACACAACAAGAGUCUGAUCAUCGUGAUAAAGCAUUUCAGAGAAUGAAGGCAUACAUAUUUGUACUGUUGGUAUUCUUGGCAAAGAGUGUCUCGGGAAAAGACUGUAAAAGUGAUGAGGAAUGUAACCAAGACAGUUGCUGUUUGUCCAAUGGAAAGUGCUCGGUUAAAGGGAAUUUGAACAGCGUUUGUGAAAACGAGGGUUUYAAGAAUCACUGCGGCUGCGCGGACGGUUUGGUUUGUGAGGUGGAACAAGAGGUUCGUAUGAUGUCGCURGGCAUUGAUCUMAAAGUACAACAWUGCAAGAAACCUUAAGAAACGGAAAAACUUUAUCAUAAACACAGCAGCAUGACGUUUGCCUUGGUCUUGAUUAUCUUUCACUCAGUUUUACUAUACUAGAAACUAUGUCAAUAUUCUGCAGUAUCUAGAAAAUUAUAAAUGGUGAAUAUGACGUUAUUAAAUGAAAAAUAUAAU